GCUGACCAUGUCCCGGGUGGUUCCCCUGUCCCACUGCGCCGCCACCCUGGGGCUGCUCCUGGCAGGGGUGGCCUGUCUGCGAGGGCUGGGCCGCUGGAGCAACCCCCAGUACCUGGAGUUCAUCGCGGCGCUGGAGGAGAGUCACAGGACGGGCACCCCCGAGGCCAAGCGCAAACUGGGUCUCUACACCUUCGACUUCCGCAGCUGGCCCGUGGAUUUCCGCUGGGACAGCGCCGGCCCCGCCUGGUCAGAGCCCCAAAAUCACCCCAAAAUCACCCCUAAAUCCCACCAGGGACCCCCCCAGCCCAUCAGGGACCCUCCCAACACCCCAAACAUCUCCUGGGACCCCCAAACCUCUCCUGGGACCCCCCUGCCCUCUGUGUGA